GAAGGGGAGACCGGAAGUCCUUUGCCCGGAGGUUCCGGGUUUCCUGGGCUACUGCGAUGGCGAUGAGUUUCGAGUGGCCGUGGCAGUAUCGCUUCCCGCCCUUCUUUACGUUACAGCCGAACGUGGACACUCGGCAGAAGCAGCUGGCCGCCUGGUGCUCGCUGGUCCUGUCCUUCUGCCGCCUGCACAAACAGUCUAGCAUGACGGUGAUGGAAGCUCAGGAGAGCCCGCUCUUCAACAACGUGAAGCUACAACGGAAGCUCCCUGUGGAAUCAAUCCAGAUUGUAUUAGAGGAACUGAGGAAAAAAGGGAACCUCGAGUGGUUGGAUAAGAACAAGUCUAGCUUCCUGAUCAUGUGGCGGAGACCAGAAGAGUGGGGGAAACUCAUCUAUCAGUGGGUUUCCAGGAGUGGCCAGAACAACUCCGUGUUCACCCUGUAUGAACUGACCAAUGGGGAAGACACGGAGGAUGAGGAGUUCCAUGGGCUGGAUGAAGCAACCCUACUGCGGGCUCUGCAGGCCCUACAGCAGGAGCACAAGGCAGAGAUCAUCACCAUCAGCGAUGGCCGAGGCGUCAAGUUCUUCUAGCAGAGACCGGUUUCCCGUCACGCCUUACCUCCCACCCUUCCAGGGCUUUCAAAAGGAGACAGACCCAGUGUCCCCACAGACUGGAUCUGUGACUCCACCAGACUCAAAAGGGCUUCAGUCCAGGGAUGGGUUUCCCACUUACCCCACGUGUCUGUCCCUGGGAUAGGGAGAGGCUGAGGCGCCACUGAGAAAAGAUGUGCUUCUCAUCGCCCUACCUCCUGUCCUCGAUUGUCCCUGAGCCAGGGUCUGUAAACCCAGCACUUUACAUGUGUUCACAUAUGUAAGUACACACACGCGCCUAUACAAGCUUCUGUCUCUUCCCCCUCCCACCUCUAGCUGCUGUUGCCUCCCCUCUCAGGCUGGUGCUGGAUCCUUUCCAGCGGUGGUGGAAGCCCUGGCUGCGGGCAGCCUUCCAGGCAGUUUGAAGAUAGGAGGCCCGAGAAGGAGCAGGGCAGAGGGGCGGGGCCAGACAGUGAUUUACGAUAUUAAAAAGCUCAACCCCA